ACAUACAUUCUUUGCUCUAUUCAUAUGUGGGGUUCUGUGAUUGGACCACAUGCAAAACCAUGUGACCACUUCUAGGUAAAAAAGCACGUCAGACAUACAGUAUCUAUCAUCAAAGAACCACUGUGCAACCUUGCCGAAAUGAAACAAGCUGCGUUGUCUUUUCAUCUGAUGUGUCUGCUCUUUGGAACCACGGCUCAUGAUGGACCGUCAUCCCCGCGUGUUGUGUCAGUUAACGUAGGUGAUGAGGUGACCCUCAAGUGUUCCCGUGAACACUCUCUUGCCAACAUGUUCUACUGGUAUAAGCAGAAUUUCAAAGAACUACAACUAGUGUCAACAUUUUACAAGCACACGGAAAAAGGAAAGCUGGUCGGGGAGUGGCAGAAGAAUGAACGCUUCUCUGUAGAAACCACCAACUACAAAAACCAUCUGACGAUCUCAGAUGUGCAGUUUUCAGACGCAGCUACUUAUCACUGCAUGAGUGGCAGUCUAGUGACAGCAAUUGAGUAUUUGGAAGGCAUCAGAGUGACAGUGACUGAAUCAGACAGCCCAAUACCUGUCCCUCAGGGAGCAGCUGAGAACAUCCAGAGAGAAGUUUCUGUAAAUACGAACUGUACGGUUGAGGACGGGGCCUACGAUGGAAACCUCAAGGCUAACUGGUUUAGGAACACUGCAGACCAUCAGCUCGGACUCAUUUAUACCAAAGGAGACAGUGGCACACAAAACCAAACAUGUGCUUACAGUGUGCUAACAAAGAGUUUAGUCUUCUCUGAUGCUGGAACCUAUGCCUGUGCUGUUGCCUCAUGUGCACACAUUCUGUUUGAAAAGAAGAGCAGACUGAAUGCUGAAGUUCAUUCACAGUUCAUUCACGACUCUGAUUUGACGUACAUCUUGAGUGGAGCGUUGACCUUAACCAGUGUUCUGAAUGCCUUCCUCUGUGGCGCAGUGUACAGAAUGUACAAAACAAACAUCUGCUGCUGCCUAGACGAUCAAGCGAGACACGCAGCCAUCCUACUGCCAGACACUGAGGUCAUAGAAGACAACAAUUAUGCUGCUUUAAGGAUGGACAAGGUCAGCAGAUCAAGAAGAGAGAAAUAUGAAAGUCAGUGUGUUUAUUCAAGAGUUAAAGUCAACUGAGUAUGUAACAUUUUCAUCUGUACUGAAUGUGAACCAAACAAAAUAAACGUGUUCAUUAAAAGCAG